AUGGCCGGGAAUCGAACCCGGGUCAACUGCUUGGAAGGCAGCUAUGCUCGCCACUAUACCACCAUCGCUCACCUUCAGAGUCGCAUGGUCACGCGAGUUCUUCAGGUCACAGCAGACAAGGUGCGAAUAGCGGGAGACGAGCCACCACAGCUGGCAACACCUGUCAGUGAACACAUUCAGGAUGAAGAUGGGCCAUACGUCAAGAAGCCGCCAAAUGCCUUCAUGCUCUAUCUCAAAGAGCAGAGGCCAAAGGUCAUUGCUGAACUCAACAUCCCUGGAAGUGCAGCCGUAAAUGCAGUGGUGGGACAGAGAGAAGCUGCAGUGGCACCUAAAAAUACAGCCAAGGCUACGGAGGCUGUUGAACCAAUUAAAGGUGCUGCAGUUGACGACUCUGUGACUGCAGAGAAGAUCUCAAAGGAUCAGCCGGUCGCUGUUACCCACCCAACAUUUUGGGAGCGGAUACAAGAGCAACUGCGUCCAGAAAGAAUCCGUUGUCUCAAAACAGUCAAACUUCCCAAUUCAAAGGUUGAGAAGGGCAACAUUUUAAUGACGCCGCUUGAGUUUUAUAAGUCUCUGAUGAAACGGCUAUGCUAUAUAUUCACACAGGGCUAG